UUUAACAUUCCUGUUGCCCUGCAAUGUGACAGAUUGUUGUUCUCAGCAGCAGGCUAUCAGAUGUUGCAAGUGAUGAGGUUUGCUGUAGAGGAAAUUAACAACUCAACCUCCAUCUUGCCUGAUGUGUCCCUUGGCUACGAGAUCGUUGACCAUUGCUCAGACACACAGAAUUUCCCAACAGUCUUUGAUUUCCUCUCCAGAAAUAGGUCUGUUGAAGUUCCUCUUAACUUUAAUGAAUAUGAGCCUAAAGUUGUGUCUGUGCUUGGCCCGUUUGGAAGCACUCAAACUAUUACCAUUGCACCAUUUUUCAUGAUGGACCUUCUUCCAAUGGUAAAUUAUGGAUCAUCAAGCUCCAGUUUAAGUAAUAAAAGGGCAUUUCCAUCCUUCCUACGAACAGAAUCCAGCAACAGAGGUAAAGUACAGCUGAUCAUUCACAUUUUACAGAGGUUCAAAUGGACCUGGAUCGCAUUCAUAAGCUGCGACAGUGACUACAGUCGAGAUGCCCUUCAGCUCUUCAGUGAUGCCGCAAGUGGAACCUCGAUCUGCCUGGCUUACCAGGAGGAGCUCAAAGGCGACUCUAAUCACACAGUAAUACUUCAGAAGAUAAUCAUGCUUCGUGUAAAAGUUAUCAUUGUUUUUACUUCGCAUGAAUAUGCAGUACCAUUCAUUGAAUCAGCCAUACGAAACAACUUACAAGACAAGGUGUGGAUUGCAAGUGAUACCUGGUCUUUGAAUAAGGAACUUCCCACUCACCAAGGACUCAACACCAUUGGUACUAUUAUUGGAAUAACAGAGAGGGUUGUGAGAUUACCUGGGUUUCCAGAAUUUGUCCAAAACUCUCGAAGCCACAGCAAAUACCUUGAGUGCAAAAACAGAAAACUUCCAGAAUUUACGGCAACCUGCAAUCAAGCUUGCUAUAACUGCUCUUACAUGAAUGCAAGAAAAAUAAUUAAUGAAAAUCCGACUUAUAACUUUGCCAUUUACUCUGCAGUUUAUUCAGUGGCAAAAGCCUUACACAACAUAUUACAUUGUGGUACAAAAGGGUGCAACAAGACUGAAAGAGUCUUUCCUUAUAAGGUAAGUAGCUGA